UUGUGGUUAUUUGGCAACGGCAUGUCUCUCGGUAGACACUUCUGACAUCUUGUCUGCAUUUUAAAAGUGCCACCGCUGGUGAGCGAGCAAUCUGAUUGAUCUUGAGAAUAUACGAGAGUAGAUUUAUCUGUACGGAGUAGAAUCAUAGAAUGUCAUCGAGUGGAGAACUCCACUGCGAGUUCGUCGUCGGCGUGGCGGUGCAGGGCGCUUCCGUGGCGCCGACAGGCAGAUGCCAUGACAGCCAGUCGACGGACGAACGAUCGCAUAUAAAAGCAUCAGGGCGUCAGCAGUGGCAAUCCAGUACUCUCGACUCGUUCUGCCUCAUCCACGAUUUCGAAAAGUCCCAAGAAGCGCAGGCCCAGCCCCUUGCCGAAUCCGGACGCCAAGUGCUUGUCAUUUUCUCCUCUUCGACUUCCUUCUUUCUCUCUCUCUCUCUCUCUCUCUCUCUCUUUCCCUCUCGCUCUCCCUCCAGACCGUCCGUCCCUCAUCGCCAAAAUGACGGCCCACCUCCCUCGUAUCCACCGCCCGUCCACGACGCCGGCCCCUACUCGCCUCCCCCCGCCGGCGCUCAACAAGACUACUACAACCAAGGCGGCUACUACGGUCCUCCGGGCGGCGACCCCUACGCGCAGCAGGGCUACGGCUCUCCGCCUCCUCAGCAGGGAUACUACGGCUCGCCGCCGCCCCAGCAGCAGAUGUACUACCCGCCGCAACAAGGGUAUCCGCCGCAACCGCAGCCGGGCUACUACGCGGGUGAUCGCGGCGGCGGCGGCUCGACCGGAGGAGGUAUCUGUGCGGGUAUACUGGGGGCGUUGGCAUGUUGCUGCUGUUUAGAUAUUCUGUUCUAGGUGCUGGACUGUUUGUGAUGGGUGUUUGGAGUUGCUGCGUUUGCAGGAGGACGGACUUGUUCGGAUCCUGUCUGCUUGUCUCUGUCGGGUUGUUUGCUUGAUCUGG